CACUGACGCUAGUGAUGGGUGCUUCUGUUAUUUCGUGACAUAACUAAUUCCCCGUGUUGGCGAGUUAUUUCCAAGUCAAACGGCGCCCGGAAACAAGCGGACGGCUCGCCUCGACGCUUGCUAGCUUGUGCUAUUUGGUAGCAACGAGCUAGGCUAGCUUAGCGUUGUGACAAUCGCAUGUUGACAAACGUCGCCCUUCGCGUUUGGACGUCAUUGUGCGCGCGUGAGGAUGAGGAUGUUCGCGAUGGCGGCGGUGGUUGUCACGGUGUCCGCUAGCGUGACGGCUAGCCGCUUCUUAGCUCGGCGCUAACUCGCCCGCUCGGAGGAAGCCGACACAUGGCGGGGGGCCGGCCGGCCGGCCCGUCCGCCCGGCAACUUCGCGUCGCUUCCCCGCCUCCGCUCGGGUCCGAGUCGCCGCAGUCGCGCGGAGGCGGCUCGCCUAGCGGGGAUGCGCAGCGACCAGUGUCGAAACUCACAUAUGACAUGCUUUGUUCUCAUUUGUAUUUUUUAAUAUUUGAUGAGGGCGGGACGGUGGGCUGGUGGUUGCCCGCGUCUGGCUCGUAGUGUUCGAAUCUGAGCUCCGAGCCCACUGAAGACUAAGUUGUCCACAGUUGUGUUUGUCUUUGCAGUGUGGCGACCAGUCCCGGGUGUAACCCACCUUUCGCCCCUGAAUCAUCUCCAGAUCACCCUAAUCUGGACUAACAAACUUGAAACGAUAAAUUGCGAAUUGACAUGACUUCAGCAGUUGCGUUUUUGUCAUCUCGGAUGUUUGCAGAUCCACUUUGAAGGUUGCGCCGCGGUCCGAUGGUGCUCCCGAGCGCCGCUUAGCCGGUCCACAUGUUGGAGGAGCAGCAGCAGCAGCACCGUCGCCCCGGCGGCGAGGAGGAGGGCGACCCGGACGCGGCCGACGGCGACACGGAGCCCAGCAUGCUGCUGCAGAAGCUGAAGACCAACAUCUCGAAGAGCGUUCAGACCAAAGUGGACCAGAUCCUGCAAGACGUUCAGCGCUUCUCCGACAACGACAAGCUGUACCUGUACCUCCAGCUGCCCUCGGGCCUCGGGGCCGGCGACAAAAGCGGAGGCGGCGACAGUUUGUUCAACACGUCGGAACAACUCCACACGUGCAACUGGAUCCGGAGCCACUUGGAGGAGCACUCGGACACGUGUCUGCCCAAGCAGGAUGUCUACGAAACCUACAAGCGCUACUGCGAGAACCUGCAGCAUCGGCCGCUGAGCGCCGCCAACUUCGGGAAAAUCAUCCGGGACAUUUUCCCCAACAUUAAAGCGCGGCGGCUCGGCGGCCGAGGACAGUCCAAGUACUGCUACAGCGGGAUCAGGAGGAAGACGGUCCUCAACAUGCCGCUGUUGCCCAACCUGGACCUCAAGAACGACCCGGCGGAGUUGACGGAGCUGGUGCAGACCUACAAGCAGGAAGUGACGGAGGCGGCGUGCGAGCUCAUCUGCGAUUGGGCGCAGAAGAUCCUGAAGCGCUCCUUCGACACGGUGGUGGAGAUCGCUCGCUACCUGAUCCAGGAGCACAUCGUCAACCCGCGGUGCAGCCAAGCCGAGCUGGUGGCGUCGGCGGCGCUGGCGGGAGGUCCCGCCAAGCCGCACAAAGUCAUCAAGAAAACCCCCCUGGCGUCCAAAUGCGAGGGCGACGCCCCCGCAGACCUCAAGAGGGACUGCGGGGACUCGGCCUCCACGGCCGCUCUGAAGACGGCGGCCGCGGACAAGAACGCACCCUCCGCCAAAGCGCUGUCGCUGGAGGCUCCGCCCUCUCCCGCCGUCACCUCUCUUCGGCCUGCGGUGGAGGCGUACAUGAAGCAGCUUCCCAGAAUCCUCCCCCGCAGCUCCAUCCCGGACAAGACGCCGCUGUCGGUGCGCUCGUCGCCGCCUUCCCUAGCGCCCAAAGACUCAUCCGGCGCGGGACCCGCCUCCGGGACCGGCGGCCCCGCGGCGGCGAGCGGCGUGAAGGUGAUCGCCAUGGCGACGCUGCCCCAGCAACAGGGCGGGCCGCUGCCCCUCAUGAUCGUCCCGCAGGGGUGCUUGUCCUACGAACGGGAGAAAGUGGCGUCGCCCCCGUCCGUGCUCCAGAAAGUGAGAGACGGCGCCGGCAAGCGACCCCUGGAGGCCACGGUGGGCACUUCGUCAGGCGGUCUGGCGGCGACCCCUCCAGUCAAACGAAAACGCGGAAGACCGAGGAAACCUCGCCCGGAGGACGCUUUGCCGCCGCCGGCCCCGCCUCCUCCGCCGACACCCCACGGCCGCGUCAUCACCUCGGUGACGGGCGGCGUCAUCCAAAAGGCGUCUUCGUGUUCGUCCGCCUCGCAGUCGGUUCUGGAGCUGGUGAUCCAGGAGCCGCCGAGCCUGCUCCUGAGCGCCCUCCCCGCGGCGCCGGACGCAGCCCAGCACGGCCAGCCGGGAGGCGGCGUGGUGGUGCAGUGCCAGCCGGGUGGUGGCGCCGCCCCGCCCGAGCCCGACCGCCACGCCCGCCCGCUGCUGCUCUUCCAGAGCGCUGGGAACGCCGGCUGGGAACUGGCACCGUCCGGUCGCACGCCCAUGGUGGAGGUCAUCCAGAAGGCGCCCAGGCCCAACAACAACAACAACAAAAACAACAACAACCCUCCCCUCGCAUCUCCCAGAAUGCAACGCGAGUGCGGCGAAGUGGAAAUCACGCUGAUGCCGAUGGACGUCAACCCGCCCUCUUCUUCCUCUUCUUCUUCUUCUUCUUCUGUGGUCAGAAAGGAGGAGGAGGAGCCAGUGGACAGCCCCUAAAAGCCGCCACCCCUUUUUUUUUUUACCUCAAGCUCCGCCCCCUCACCCUUCUCAUGGGCGGAAAUCCCACCAAUCAGGAGGGACGAAUGAAGCCUAACCGUGAACGUGAUCUCCCAUUGCACUAAACGCUGUAGACUGCGGCUCCGUCCGUCCUUCGGACACCCCCGCACUCCCCUCUCCGGACCACCCACGGGCCCAAAAAGGAAGUAGUAUUCUGUCCGGUGGACCAACAGGAAGCUGACUUACUACGGGUCAGAACCCGCUCGGGGUUCUCUACGCUGACCUCUCCUCGUUCGUGUGUUUUUUUUUUUGGUUUUUUUUUUUGCCCCUCCGACUGUUCUGCUACGCACACUUUCCGUCUCUACGUGUGUGCGUGUGCAUGUUUCACUUUGUGUUUGUGUUUUUAGCGUGUUUGCGCGCGGGUGUGCGUUUAUUCAUACACGCGUGUUUACGUGAGUGCGAGGCCCGACGCGCAAAGGGAUCGGUCACUCGACGCACUGACGUCCCGUCUGAUUGGUCUUUCGAAACCCACGGCACCCGGCGAAAGCAAUGGCGUCAUCGGGGGGGCGUGGCCUCCGCUGUGACGUCACCGGUCGGCAACAACGAGCACAACGUUUGGGGAAAUGUUCACAUGCAGUAAAAUAUGUCUAGCGCGUUAACUCGCGUUUGUUUGCACUAACGCCGCAGCAGUAAAUAUAUGAUGGGGGGUGCUGUCAGGUUUCCCCCGGCAACGGCGGGGGGAUUUGCGACACAGGAAGUGGACGCGUUCAGGUUCUUUAGCGUUGGCGGGAAGCCGAGCUUGUAAAAGACGUCGCGCGGAGAAAUCUCCGGACGGCAACGAUCGGGACUCGGGUAACGUACGCGCGUGUGUUUCUGAAACGCUCGCACGCGUCUUGCACUUUGACACAGGAAGUAGAAGGAGGGAGGGAGGAAGUGAUGUCACGUCUGUGUGAUGUCAAAUUGUUACUGUUUUUUUGUGUGUGUGAUUCCAUCCUGACGUUUGGCUGAGGCAUUGUGGGUAAUGUAGUCCCUCGAGCUUGUGUUUUCGUGACAUUUUGUGUGUUGCUCUGACAACCUGUGCCGCAUGGUUUUACUUAUUAUUAUUAUUUUUUUGUAUUUGUGUUGUCUUGUUUGCACUUUAUACCUUUUCUUUCUUGAUUCUCGACGUGUUCUUCAAAUGUCUCGUUCACAGUUGACAAUCCAACUGUUUAAAAAAAAAGAAAAGAAAGCAAAAACGACAAUAAUCAGCAAAACGCACCUUUGCUUUUCUUGUGUGUUCAGUGUGUUGUGAAGAGGAAGUGGAAGGAUCUAUUUUCCUACGUGGCCUGAAGGAAUAAAAAAAAAAAUCAGUCACGUUUACGACAUAAUUGCGCCUUGGAUUUAUUUAUUUUAUAAGUCCCUUCAUCCAUUUUUUUUAUUUGAUCUCUUGCCGACAGGAUUCAGAUUCAAACCCCGGAAGCUGUUCUGUCUUUUGUUCUAC